GAGGAGAAGAAGAAACUAUGUGCAGCUAUAAACUUUCACAAUCCCGUGUUUCCAUGUCAAACGAAUAGCCCUGAUAGAUGCGUGUCUUAUGGCUGUUGCUUUGAUUACGAUGUGGCUAUGUGCUUUAAAGCCCCAGGUAUUUAUUUACACUCAGUUAUUUGUUAUAUAUGAUAACAAUGGUCGAGUAGUGGUUACACGGUCUGUGGUAUUGUGUAUAAUUACCGGAUGAGGUUGAGUAGGAUGUGAAGAAUUAUGCAGAUCGAGGGGGAUGUUAUUCACCGAGGCUGAAGGCCGAGGUGGAUCAUAUCAUCUGAGAUCUGCACAAUUCAAUACAUCGUAUCACAGCCUAAUUCAAUAAUUGUUUUAUUAUUCAUUCAAAAUAUUCUUAAGUUCUUAAGUUCAUGAUUACCUCUUCGUAAACUUUCUUCAAAACCUUGACUUAUUUCUCGCACGGUUAAAGCAUAUAAACAGAUGAUUUAUCUUGCAGAUACUCCUCAAAAAGUAGAUAACAUCCAUCGAGCAACAUGCUUUGCAUAUCUUUCAUUUCUUCCAUUCAGUUUAAGUCAGAAAUUUAGCUAUUUCGUGUUCUAACAUCAGUUUACGCUUUUUUUUUUUUAAGUUUACUAUUGCAAGAGCAGCCUCGUUUCCAAUCCAAUAUAUGUCAUCUAAUCGAUGGCCCGCAUCGCCUUGUUUCCACUAUCAACUGAAAAAGAGACUGAAUGGCUCAAAAUGACAGCCGGACAACGGUCAAGAGGUUAAGGUUAAGGUUAAGGUCAGAGGAGAGAACUGACCGAGCUAUAGUUUCUUUGGCCGGUCAACAUGCAACAGUCCCAAAUUUAUGUUGAGCCCUGAACUCAGCGUCAGAUUCUAUUUGCCGCCCACCCCGACUGAAGGGUUGAUUUUUUUUUUUGGAUAAUCCAGUCAAUGUCGAUCCAUGAUUUUUGCAGAUUCAAAAGAAAGCGUCUGAAUGGGGUAUAGUGUUUAGUGUUAUUUGCUCAUAAUUUUAGUGUUUACUGUUAAUUUGGCCAAAGUUUUUAAUAGUUACUGUUUCUGGAGAAAAUACUGUCAAUUGUUUGGAGGGUUUUCGUGAAAGACAAAAACCCAUAGUCUUUUGGCAUUGUCAACUCUUGUCUGCUCUUGAAAAAUUUUCCGGAUUUCUCCUCGGAAAUUUUCGGUUGUCUUUGGACAUCUUCGACAGUCUUCGGACAUCUCCGGUAGUAUUUGGAAUUCUUCGGCAGUCUUUGGGAAUCUUCGUUAGUCUUCGGAAAUCUUCUGAAAUAAUCGAGAAUUGUUGGACAAUGACCGAAAACUCCUUGAUAUACCAAACAAAAUAAUAUUGGCUUUUUUGGAACCAUCAUUCUUGAAAAAAUUUUACUGUUACGGUGAAUUUUUCACUGUUAGGGUUAAAAUGCCAAAAACGUAACUGUUUUUUGUUGCUUUUUCGACGAAAAAUAGCCCGACAGUGGGAGUGAAAUGUGAAAACAUAAACUUCAGAAAAUCGUAGGAAAUUUAUGAGACAAACUUCGAAAAUCGUACAUGAAUGGAACGGGCAUCUAGAAAUUUUUAGCCGUCCUUAACCAAUAGAAAUUUCUAGGCCAUUUUCGCUUUUCCGAACAGAUAUUUUACAGAAACCAGUUGUUGGGUGGACCUGACCCAGACACCUCAUUAACAUCAUCAUCAUCAUCAUCAUCAUCAUCAUCAUCAUCAGCUUGGCUUUUUGUAAAGGUCCCUGAAAAACGUCGGCACAAUUUCCUUUACUUUGAGACCCUGAGUACUGUCUGUUGCGGCCUCAAAUUUGGAAAUUAUUUUGACCUUACAAUUGAGACAGGUGCCUAGAUAUCGGAUGAAGAAUUGUUAAAAAUUAUACUUGUUGUCACAACUUUAUUGCUACAAAAUUUAAUUUCUUUUAUCUUACUUUGACUUCAUGUAGAUAACGUGUGUGACGUAGACAAGUACGACAGCAACAGAAGGAACUGUGGAUGGAAAGGAAUCACCAAGACGGAAUGUGAAAACAGAGGAUGUUGCUUUGAUGAUGCGAUUUACAGAAAUCAUAUACCGACUUACGACUGUCAUUAUCGGUUGUAAGUUUAUUCUUUUGUUUGUUUUUUUGGAUAAGCGCACCGAUAAACAUCACAAGGGGAUGAAGAAGUGUCUAACAGACAUUUGCCAACAAACAGCUACUUAAAAUGCAAGAAAGUUUAGAAAAGGUAUCUGAUUUCCGAUUUUGCCAACGUGACAGGUUUUCGGGGAUUUUUGCUGUGAUGCAAAUAAAACUCGCAAAAAAGGUAUUUUAUGUGAUCUCUUAUGAAAAUGAGAGUUUUUAGAAUUGGCAAACGGAUUGUUAGAUCUUAUGUAGAGAAGAAUGGUUAUUAAACCCAGCCCGUCAGACAUCUUUGUUACAUGUUCUUUUUGUGGACUUGGCGGUGGUCAAAGCUCAAUGGCAUUCCUAUCAUUUUUAUCUUUCUGUUAGCUAAUAGUAGUUAUUAAAAACUGAAUCAUUGGAAAAUGUAAUUCUAGAGUUCUGAUUGGCUUAGCCAUCAUGGUAUAUGAGCCAUUAUACCAUGUUCUCGAAAUAUGGUAACCGUACGCGUCUGUUCAAAAUUAAAAACAAGCUAAAAAUCGGUUGUUUUUACAAAUAAAGUUAGGAAGAAUUCUCCAUAUUUUGUGGGCGCUUCUAAUAACACAAUUAUUCCACUCGCCCUUGUUGGAUAUGAGAUAAUUAUAGCCAACGAGGCGCGUAGCUAUAUACCAUCCCAUAUCCAACGCGCACUCCUGAAAUAAUUAGCAAUUAAUGAAUUCGGCUUUCCUAGGAUAUGAAGAAUUAAGCAGAUCGAGGAGGGUGUUAUCCCCCGAAGCCAAAGGCCGAGGUGGAUAACACCCUCCGAGAUCUGCUUAAUUCUUCAUAUCCUAGGAAAGCCGAAUUCAUUAAUUGCUUUAUUAUUCAUUCAAAAUAAUUCCUAGGUUUAAAAACACAACUAAAACAUGCUUACCUGCAUCAAUGUUUUACGUCAUUUUUCAGUUCUUCCAAAUUUUGUCAUCAGUAACUGGUUAUGGUGAAUUAUGCGUGUGCUUUUAGCCAAUCAGAAUUGGGGAAAUAUUUUAAAUGAAUAAUAAUUGUUAAUUAACGUCGCAUUGAAUCGUUCCGUAACAAUUUGUGAACAACCAAGCAAAGGAUUGUGCACCAUCAAGGAGCUCCCAAUAUCUUUGAUGUUUGCUUCCUUUGAUUAAUUUCAUUACCUGUCUCCGCUACUAACUGUGAUUUAAAGUUUAAUUGAAUUUAGAAAUAUGGAUUAUAAUUUGGUAUUAACAAUGGGGGGGGGGGGGGGGGGGUAAGACAACGAAAUGAAACUGUCUUGUUGAUAAAAGAAGGCGAGUUUUCAAGGCCGACGAAGGAGUUAGUUGAUAAAAAAGUGGAGUUGGAUGUAAGAGGUGGUUAAUUGUUUUUACAUUAAAUACUUAAACGCGUGAUACGUUAUGAUUAUUAGGGACAUGCCGAAAUGCAUAGUUUCUGAAAGAGAAAAUUGUGGAUAUGGAGGAAUAACCGAUCGGGAAUGUGUUGAGAAAUUGGGCUGUUGCUGGGAUUCCUCAGUUCGCAAUGUUCCCUGGUACUUCCACGGAAGGUAAGCUACCUACAUUUACGGUAUAGGGGUUGCUUAGAGUUUUGCUUAACAGCGAGUAACUUUGUUUUACCAAUUGUGAUAUUUGAAAAUUCAUACUUGUCUACGACUGAGGCUUGGGGGUAUAAAACAAAAAUUUCCCCGAGGUAAGUUACCUAGGGAAAAAUCGGUCACACUUUAAAAAUCAAGUUUCCCUAGGUAAACUGUCAACAAGUCGUGUUUACCUAGGUAAAAAGUUUGUAGUGUGACCACAGCUAAUGUCUUAGUUAUUCGGUCAUUUACUUUAUUUUUAUCGAUAAAUUGAGAUAGAUCAUUAUUAGUAUGUGUAAUCAAAUGGUGACGAGUGAAAAUAAAACAAAAUACCUGUUAGAAUACCUGUUAGAAUCAUUCUUGAUGUGCUCUAUCGCGUGUUCAGGUUUCCUAAAGCGUAUUUUUAUGCCCUGGCAUCUUCAUUCAUGACAUUUUAAAACUUCGUCGCCAUCUUGACACUGAGACGUACGGAAGGUUGCCAUGGCAAUUUUGUAAUUUCACUUUGAAAUUACGAAUUAUCGCUGAAAUUUCGCGCCAUAAUUAAGAAGUAAUUCGUCACCUAUGAUAUUAUGAUGGAAAAUACCCACCUUUUACUUCUUUCAAGUCAAUGAAAAAAAAAAAGUGAAAAAAUAAACACAUAUUCUUUGAGGUGACAGUAUUAGAUGAUUAUAACUCUAAAUGUUCUAAAGCGUUAUACGCUAGAUACUUCAAGUAUGAAUUUGACAAACGCUUUCUUUUUUAGGGACAAAAUCGGUCGAUGCACAGUUUCUGAACGAACAAAUUGUGGAUUUAAAGAAAUUACCGAAAAACAGUGUGUAAAGGAUAGAGGCUGUUGCUGGGACUUUGACUAUGACAGACUAUGCUGA